UACUGAGACGGACGUUGGUCACCAGGAGAAAGAGCUUCCAAUGUCAAUCAAGUCAUGACAUUCAAGCGUUCUAAAAGUCAUUUGGAGCGUGAUCAUGUUAACACACAUACUGAAAAUCAAAGUUGCAGUCCAAAGCGAUCACUCCUGCCGUUUCCACUUGUGUUCAAAUUUCAGAGGCCAGUGGGUAAGGUCACAUUUACCACCAUUGUUGUUUGUCCCAAGAAGAAGAAGAAAAAGCUCUUAAGAGUACAGAACAACACUAUAGAUUAGGAAAAUUAUGUCAUGAUUUAUUGAACACUGAAUUUGCAUUUGACACUUUACUAUACUCUUAACCGCCAAUAGGGGGAGCCGUGGUCAUUCACGUCCCCUUCCUUGCGUGACGUAACAAUACCCUAUUCAUCAUUGAAUUGGUUUAAAAGCACACAGAAGAUCGCUGAUGAGUUCUACCCAAAAUAUUUUGACUUUAAAAUGUCAAACGUUUAAAUCACAUAAAUGGAUGUGUAUGAGGAAAGCAUUUGACUUAUGACCACGCCCACUAAAUCAAUGUCAACUGAAAAGUCCUGUGAAUGUCCAGGAAACGUCACGGUUCGGGUUUGUGAGGUGCAUCAACCCAAUUGUGCAUCAAAUCAACUCUACUGCUGAAAAGAUGUCCAGCAUUGAAGUCAUCAUGAGUAGGUUUAACUCUUAUGCCGUGAUGUACAGUUUUGAGUCACGUGAGGAAAGCUUCGCCAACUGGCCCUUUCGAGAAGAUUGUAACUGCACACCUGAAAAGAUGGCCAAGGCUGGCUUUGUGCACUGUCCCGGAGACAACGAGCCCGAUGUGGUGUGCUGCUUCUUUUGUCUCAUCGAGCUGGAGGGCUGGGAGCCCGACGACGAACCCUGGAACGAACACUCAAAGCGCUCCCCCAAGUGUGCCUUCCUAAACCUGAAGAAAGACCAGCGCGAGCUGACACUGGCUGAGAUGUUCCACUUGGAGAGCGAGAGGGUCAAGAUCUUUACUAGAAAAGUUUGCCACAAGAAGAUGGCGGGCAUGCGGGAUGCGGUGGACGAGGCCCUUAAAGGCUUUCGCUCGCAACUGACUUCUCUUUGACAACGCUCACGUUGACUUUUAUGAUCUAAUUGCGUGUGGUGAAUGAUGUUUGAAAUGUAAAUAAAUUUUUUAUGUUAACCUCAAAGCAAUGCUUUUGAGCUUCAGGUUUUUCGCGUGUCUAUUGGAGCUCACUAAUUUGACAAAAGGCGUCCUAAAAGAAAGUUAGAUUACCAUGUCGUCCAUAUUCCCUCUUUUCAAGCUCACACUUAGCAUUUCGGUGAGCGUGUAGCCAUCUCCAGCAUCCCUUUUCAGAAGUUGACCCCGGACAGAUGGCUCCAAGCCCCUCCCUUUCAAUACCAACUGUUGCCUCCAGAACAUCUGUUCCACUCGGAGAGGGCCCGUCGCAACGCUGGGAGGAGCGCUGCUGACACGUAGGCUGAGAUUCAAUAUGGCAUCUCCUUAGCUUUUCUCAAAUUUGUCGUUUUUGAAUCAAGCUAGCGGGAUUCUUUAUAGCUCAGCACGACGGGAUGAGAGGUCAUGACCUUCACUCUCCUGGAUUAACAUUUAAUGUAACACUGGCCACUCGGAUGCUUAAUUCUCACUCAUCCGCUUGCAAAUUCAAAAGCAACUUUUUUUUUUUGGAAGCCAGAACUGACCAUUUAAUGAAUGACUUAAAAUAGAAGUCAAGUGGAAAACAUUAAUUUGUAUCAAGCCCACGCACGACAUUCACAAUAUAACACUAACAUUGUUUGUUUUUCCCGUCCCAGGUGGCGGCCA